CCCCCCCCCCCCCCCCCAGGCUUGUAGGUCUGUGGCCUUCUGCAGAGACAGUCGGAAGGGGGGGGGCACGAUCGGUAAAUGUAGUAGAAUUUACUCAAAGUCAGACUUUUGGUGAAUCUUUCUUCAGUUUUGAUGAAAAUAAAAGUUUAGAAAUAUAGAGUAUACUUUUCAUUUCUCAUCCUUUACAUGCUAACUAACAAAACUAUAAAAAAAAAAGAAAAUAAUUGCUGCAACUACAGUAAAUACCAUACAUGACUGUUGCAUUGACUGUAAGAGGAAGAAGGCUUUACAGUUGUUUUGCAGGGGGGGGGGGGAAGUAAAACUAAUUUGAACUGUAAACACGUGUGCUCAUUGUGCAAGUAUUUGUAUGAAGCUGCAUGACACACUGAGAUUUGUGUUUGUUUCUAUCUCUUGUCACAAUAUAUCACAUUUAUACAUUAACGCGUAAAGAUUUUUUUUCGGUACACAUUUGUUUUGUUGCUGAUGACGGUAGGCUUAGCUGAGAAACAGAUGUUAGCAUUUUGCCUAUCAGCAUGUGUAAUUAGCAGCAUUUGCAUAUCCAGAGUGUUUAACCCACAUUCAGCUGUUUUUCACUUUAUAAAAUAUUGAUCCACAGGAAAGUAAAUGCACAAUAUAUUAUUGUCAGUAACUUUGCUUUGAAUGAAAUUAUGUAUGAAUCCCAAGUAUGCUAGGGUAGCAUUAGCUAAUAAUUCACGUGAUAGAGGUGUGGAUAGCAAUAGAUCCAAGUGUGAAAACUAAGCAAUAUUACUUUGUAGUGAAUCAUUUCAUCCAUGUCAUUCCCUUUUUCUUUUUUUUUUUUUUCUUUUUUUUUUUUAAAUAGCUUCUUCGCCAUUAGUAAAAAUAUGUGCUACGCCUUAAUUAGCCAGUUCCAUGCCCUGAAGAGUCACACCAUGCAACACUCUCUGCAUGCAGAUCCACCAAAUGCUAAGUACUGUCGCAGCAUAUGAUACCAAUGCCAUUAGCCAGGUGGCUUUCAUUACCUAAAUUACAGCUAUUGUUUAUGAUUAAUUAUUUGUAAAUAGGAAGAUUUCGAAUAUAAUUGAUCGCUUGUAUUUCCCCCAUCUCCUAUUAAUUUAGUUGAUGGGAAUUUCUAGGCUUUUUUGCUACUGCUUUCUCCUAUAUGCUUAAGACACUGAUGCACUGUGAAUGCACGAGGAGAUUCAAAUGUGAAUUUGUCGGAUUCAUAACCAGUAGAUAGCCUAACUUAAUAGAGCCUAAAGCACUGACCAGACAGGCAUACCAGCCCAGUGACAAAGUGAAAGUCCCUAAUUGUUUUUAAUUUAAUCUGCUGCUUUACUAUUUUGGGUGCCAGUGCAUAUUAAUGCUCUGUCUUAUGUUGUGAGGAAGGGUAAUUAGGUUUAGAGUGAAUGAUUCCCUAACCACUCUUCUGUCUCCCAACCUUCUGUUUCCCCAUGUUCUAAAUUAUAUCCAAGAGGGGGAGAAUUUUUACAUACAUGAAGAUGUACUGCAGUGUCCCAGACUCUCUGAAAUGUUCAUUGUUUGCGUUUAUAAAUUUCAACAAUGCAACGCUGGUUUGAAACCAAACUGUCAAACCUCUUUCUAAUUCACGAUGCACAAUGAAGCAGGCAAAGUCAUGAGGACAGAGAUUGAUGAACUCGGUUGUUUACAGAGACGUCUUAAGGAUGCGGUAAAAAAAAAAACUGAUUUGUCCGUCUAUGUGGAUAUACCGUUAGAGUUCAGGUUCCCCCAGACUAUCUCUGAGAAGAAAGUUGUCUGAUCUAACAAUUAUUUUAAAUAAAUUCAUAUAAAAGUCUUGUUACCUUGUUGUCUUUUUCUCUACUUUAUUUCCGUGUCAUAUCAAAGCAUUAGAAAUGUUUCAUACAGAAACUAAUCCUUCUCAUAAUCUGCACAAAUCUGAAUAAAAUGCAGCUUUGUUUAAAGCCAGAAAAAAGGCAGAGAGAAAUAAAUCUGGUUUUGGAAUAGUUUUUUGUAUCAGUUAAUUUAUAUGUAUAGCCAGUGAAAGAGGGCCGAGUCCCUCUAAUGCUGGUAUUAUGAGGCAAGGUGUUGGAUGUGUUACAGCUACCGUGCAGCAGGCAGAUCAGAUCCCCAUUGUAAGACUGCACAUGGCUCCAUAUUUUAGCAUGAAGUGAGCAUACUGUGCCCAGGAGAGCACAGAUUGGAUAUACAUUAAUGUAAAGUCUGCAAUAACUUACUAUGAAUGUCUACUAAAUGGCAAAAAGGCCAUUAUACAAUAUGAGCGCAGUGUAAAAUUCUUGGUUUUGUUCCAGGUAUCUGCCCUCAUCUCUUUACAUUGCUCCAUACCUUUUUUUUUUCUUUUUUUUUUAUCUCUUUCAAAUCUUAAUAUUUGUUCUCGUUUCAGGACUCGAGUCAUUUUCAGCGUUUAUGAUGUUUUUGUCCAGUUUUGAUGUCGGCAGAAACGGAUUGAGUCACUCGCAGUCCACUCUUCUGAGCAUCUUCUCCCUGGAGUACCAGAAACGAACCAAAAGAACAAUUUCAAGACACCAUGCACCAGACGUUAUUGAAAGACACUACCAAAGGUAUCUGAGUGAAGCCAAAGCACAUCCCGCUGCUCCUGUCCUGCUGGAAUUGGCCAAUGAGGUGGAUCUGUCUCCUGCACUGAUGGCUCGUAUCAUCCUGGACAGGUUCCUUCAGGGCCUGGAGGGUGGAAUGCCCUCUAAAACCGUCCUCAGCGGCAUGCUCAAGGAGCCGACGUUGAUUCCAGACCAAAUUUUGGCCAAAAACAUCUACCAGUGCACAAUAAAUGACUGCUGUUAUGGACCGCUGGUAGACUGCAUCAAACACGCUAUUGGCCAAGAGCACGAGGUGCUGCUCUGUGACAAACUGAAGGAGAGGAACCUUUCCUUCCUCGAUGAAAACCAGCUGAGAGUUAUGGGCUACGACAAAACACCUGAUAUCAUCCUGGAGGUUCCCAUUGCUGUGGAGGGACACAUCGUGCACUGGAUUGAGAGCAAGGCCUCAUUCGGAGACGACCACAGUCAUCGCACCUAUCUCAAUGAACAGUUCUGGAGCUACUGGAACAGGUUUGGUCCUGGCCUUGUGAUCUACUGGUAUGGCUUCAUAGGAGAGCUGGACUGCCAAAGAGACAGAGGUAUCCUGCUCAAAGACUGCUUCCCUACAGACAUUGUCCUGUGCCAUGCCGCCCAGCAGGACGGACCGUCACACGAGCCAGAAUAAAAGACAAAGAGUGACAAAAGCAAAAAACUUGGGAUGGAAGGAAAGAGAGAGGGAAAUAAGGAGGUGGGAAGGGUAGGAACAGGGGUGUAUACCUAGAUCCGGAAGCAAUUUGGCUUUCCUGCAGAGUGAGAGACGACUGGCAAAAAAUCUGCCCUGAACUCCACCCGACCCUCUGUCUCUGUCUGUCUCUCCCUUCCUCUCUUUAACUGCCCCUAAAGCUACCACAUGUAAACACACCCCACCUUUCUGUAUAUCUGACAGCACAGGGUCAGAUUCAUACCUGUGUGCAAAAACACUGUCUUGGAGGCUUUCCUGGUUGUGGUCAGCUCCUGGCCCCUGGAUGGCCUCUUGCAACGGACAACCAGGGUGAGAGCCAGGACCAAAGCAGGACAUUAGGCCCUUCCUUAUCACACCCCAAGCCCUGGCCUUUGUCACUCCUUCCUCCUCCACUCCACAAGCAGAUAAGAGAGGGGCGGUCCGGGGGCUGGGUGGAAGCCUGUCUCUCACCUGCGUCACUCAGUGCCCUCUCAGUCACUCUCCGGGGGGUAAACAGGAUCAUUUCUGAUUAAAGAUGGCCUCACUGUGACCUUUUUCACUUCACUUCAUAAAAUCUAUUGAGGAUACAUUGUUUUAACCACAGUGGGUUGAAGCAGGGGUUCACAUCGCAACUAAUUGUCAUCACACAAAUAUUGUCAACAUGUUGUAUCUGCUUCUUUCGAGUGAAUUAUCUUGAUUAACUAUAAAUGGUCACAUUUUGGUUACACAUUUUCACACAGAUGCCACUGACCUCAAGUGACAAUGAUGUUACACAACAGGUGUUUCUGUUUUUCUCCUCAGUUGGUUUGCCUGGCGUUGGAUAUAGUGUUAAAUAACACAUUUAAACCAUACUUAGUCGGUGCUGUAAUUAAUUUUUUUUUAACAAUUCAUGUGUUUU